UUGGGAAUAAAUCCUUCUUGUUAAGGGAUUUUCAAAAAACAGAACUGAGUGUUUAAUGCAGCUGAUAAAGUAUGAUAGGAAACAUAACACUGCCUAGAUCCUUUAGACUUUAUGCAGACUUUAGACAUGUCUCAAAAAUGUUUGAAGAACUUGCAUGAGUCUUUUAACACACUUCCAUGUCCAGAGUCUGGUUUCAGUUUCUGAGGAUCCUCAGGACCUCCUGGUUUACAUAUGUACCUGUUUUUGAAAAUCAUCCAACCCUUUCAACAUCAGUUUUGUUAACUUUCUUACCAGAAAUGAUCUGUAGUAUCUGGAGUACUACACCACUAUGCAUUGCCUUAAGGUAUUUCUCAGGAAUAGCCUGAGAAACCAGUUGUGAACUGUGGGCGUGUGUUUAUCUGUUUAUCAUUAGUGAUACCUGGGGUGAGAUAGCCUAGGAGGGGCACUUCACUGGUUACAGGCCCCAGGUCAUAAAACACCACUCUAGGUUUACCAAACACAAGAUGGUAAGGAAAGAUAAUUUGGGAAUGUAGGAGGGCUUACAUCCCUACAUCUAUAUAACAGGGUCACAAACUCUGGUUUGGGAGAGCUGGACAUCAUUGGCAGUCCUCUCCCAGCAACUGCAGUGCUGUAUUGAUACUGGUUUUGUCUUUAUAAUAAACUCCUCUUAUACAAGCAAGCCAGUGUCACGAAGCCUCCUUCUGCAUCUACACAUCGAGGACAGCCCAGACACAACAAAUUGGCGUCACGAACAGGAUCAGCUACGGCCUUCAGAGGAUCACGGCAGCUUCAACGCAUCUAUUCCUGCACCACAUUGGCGCCAGGUGAGUGUUUGACUCACAUAAAGUGCUGCUGGUUUAGUUGUUGGAGCUGUUGUGUUCAGCUGUUUGGUUGUACUGUGUAAAAGUACUUGUGUGGAGAUGCUGUGAUGUGCUGUUGAAGAGAGGCUUCGUCUAAAUUUGGGUAGAAUAGGAAAGAAAAGAAGUUGUAGAGAAGAUGUUAAAAUAGACGAAAAAGAGAUGCCAAAAAUAGAAUAGCAGAGACUAGUAAUGGGAGUGUGCUAAAUAACCUUGCAAGAUUAACGAAGAGGGGCCCAUAUCUUCUUAACGGUAAGACAAUGUGUAAAUUAGUGACUCAUGUGAACGUCUAGCUCCAAAAGGAUAGUCGAAUUCGGGGCGGGGAAAGAAAAAGUGAGGAGUAAAACCCGGAGCCCAGGGUAAUUGGCAAAUAAAUGAUAAAAAGAGAUAAAGGGUAAAAAGAGAAAAAGGCUGAGAUAGCCUAGGCUGAGAUGGCCGAAAAAGAGAAAAAGGCUGAGAUAGCCAAGGCUGAGAUGGCCGGAAAAGAGAAAAAGGCUGAGAUGGCCUAGGCUGAGAUGGCCGAAAAAGAAAAAAGUUAACUUAAAGUUAGGGAAGUCGUGAUUGGGCAUACAAACCGGUAAGGACAGUUUAAAGAAAAAAAAAUUAAGUUAACAUAAAGUUAGGGAAGUCGUGAUUGGGCAUACAAACCGGUAAGGACAGUUUAAAGAAAAAUAAAUUAAGUUAACAUAAAGUUAGGGAAGUCGUGAUUGGGCAUACAAACCGGUAAGGACAGUUUAAAAAAAAAAUUAAGUUAACAUAAAGUUAGGGAAGUCGUGAUUGGGCAUACAAACCGGUAAGGACAGUUUAAAGAAAAAGAGAUAAAGUUAACUUAAUGUUAGGGAAGUCGUGAUUGGGCAUAACAAACCGGUAAGGACAGUUUAAAGAAAAAAAACAAGUAAGUUAACAUAAAGUUAGGGAAGUCGUGAUUGGGCAUACAAACCGGUAAGGACAGUUUAAAGAAGAAAAAAAAGGCCUAUAAACUAUAGUAAGGAAACAUUGAGCUCUGUGAGGAGAGGUGUGUUGGAAUUUCCGUGUGUGAGAGAAGCUUCUGGUGUGUGUGUGAGAGGAGUGUGUGUAUGAGUGCUGAGCUGUGAGUGUGAGUGCAAAAGAGUCUGUGUGCAAUGAGUGAUGUGCACAAAGUUGGGGAAUGAUCUAGCAUAAAUAUAAGCGAUUAACUUAUGAUAAAGUGAUAAAUGAUGUCUUAUUAAAUAUAUAAUAAUAUGAUAUAAGAAAUUAACAUAUAAGGGAAGAGAUACUGUUGCCUUUGUAGUGUUAAAAACAUAUGAGCCCUGUUUUUCUUUGUACAGGGACAUUAAUAGAAUAAGUAACUGCUAUGAGCCUCUCAGGAUAAAGAGGACGUUUGUACACGUAAUAGUAAGAAAUGAGCCCCUUAUUAGAUGAGGAGGACUUUGGAUGGUGAUAACAUCCUUAACUAAUAUUGAAAUUAAAGAAGUGUAAAAACCAGCAAGGACAUUUGUGUUCAUACAGCUACAGGAAAAAACAGAGUAAAAGAUAGGAGUGAUUUGCUAACUAAUGGGUGUGGUUUUUCUCUGUGUGUGUGUGAAUAUUUAAAGUGAAUGGUCAUUUGCUGAUGAUUAUGUUUAGAGGGAAAAUCCCAGUUAAAAAUUGGAAAAAUCUAGGGAGCCUUUCCUCCCUCUUUCUUUCUCUUCUUACAGGCCUGAGAACAGAAAGAAAGCUAAAAAAUCCAGUUUAACUAUUUUAGAUGUGUGAAAAUUUUAAAUGGUAUACCAUGGUAAAGGGGAAUGAUGUAUAAUAAAUUUAGGUAGUCUGAUAGUGAAAAAAAAUCUUUAAAUAAUGGUAGUAAACAUUUUAAAUUGUAUUGAAUGAAGUGAUUGUGAUAUACUAAACAUUUGAUUUGUGCUUGUCCCUUUCUCUAAUGCAUGAGAGGGGAGAGAAGAAUGAAAGGCAUCUGACGUUGGAGCACCCAUAAAACAGAUAAGGAGAUAAUUGGCUGUGCUGCAACAAGAGGGGGCUUGCGGAUGAGAGGCUCACCAGGACCUGCUCCCAUUUGACAGGCCAGUACAGUUUUAUCUACAAACUCUUCUCCUAUGCAUCUGCUGCUACUUAGUUGUACAUACAUACAGUUAUACCAUGAACACAUUUAGUUGGGUGUACACAUUUGGUAGUGUUAAACAGUAAAAGCAGUAGGUUUGUUGGUAAAAACAAAGGCUUGGCAAUAGACUGACCAGUUGAAAGGGCUGAUUAGGUACCGGAUUAUUGUUGGAUUAAAAGAGCAUUUCCAAGAAGUCUAAAUUUUGCUGAAGCUUGUGGAUGUGAUUGUCAUUGCUGCUUGGUAAAAUCACACAGAUUGAUCUUUUGUGGGUUUGGAGAAGGUUUAAGUCUUUGGGGCUGGCAGAUUUCUUUGGCUUGUCUUGUUUGAAGGUGAAAUAGCUAAACUGCGCUGUGAAUAACGUGUUUGGUCAUCUGUUGGUGCUUUGGAUUCCUAUGAAGACAUUUAAAGGCAGUAGCACAAUGCCAAAGAUGGACGUUAAAGGUGUGAAAGCUAUCACUCCAGUUGAUGUAGUGAUAAAGAGUAAUCCACUUGUUAUGGGUAUUGAAAAAAUGUCUAAGAAAUGGAGUAAGAGGUGGCCUGACAUUGACCAGCCUUGGCCAGUGGAAGGUACUCUUAAUCCUGAAGUGAUUAAAACAAUGCAUGUGCUAGUGUCCACUUAUAAGGCAGAGCAAAAGAAAGGACAGAAGGGAAAGAAACGGCAAGAAAAGAGACAAAGGGAGCUUAACAUGUUGCAAUUAUUUGAGCAGGAGGGGCAGAAGAUGCUAAAAGCUGAUAAGGAGAGAAAGGACAGGAUUGUAGAAGAAAUAAACAAAAAUGUUAAAUCAACAGAAAAAUUGAUGGCAGAAGUGAAUAGACCUUUCUCGCACACGACCCCAGUGAAGAGCCCCCCACCGUAUGAGAAAGAGAUAAGGUACGCUGAUGCCUAUCCUCAGCUCCCCGUAAUUAAACAGGAGGGCGUGUAUCACAUCAAAGAUGAGGAGGAGCAGAUGAUAGAGACAGGAACAGCUAAAACAACUAUAAAGAUGUACCCAAGCAGUAAGAGUAAAAAGAAAACAGGUCAUCCAGCAGCUAGGGGUGAACAAAAAUACAGAACAAUAGAAAUGGGACAUGAUAGUCAUAGUGAUUCAGAAGAGGCUUUUGGAGGAUACGACCCAGCAGUUAGAAACAUAUUAGCCAGAGCAGAGAAAAGAGGAGGAAAAUCACUGAGGAAAAAAGAGCCAGCAAAAGACACCUCAGAGGAGAGUGAAGAUAAUGAUAGGGAUGAAGAAUCAGACAGUGAAGAGUCUUCAUAUUCCCUUUGGUCAACACCAAGGACUGAAGCUGAGGCACAGCAUAGAGCUUGGAAAAUGAUUGAGAAACGCAUGGAUAAAUGCUAUGGUGACCUAAGUAGUGCUAUGAGUCCUGAAAAACAUAGAGAAUUGAGGGAAGAAUUAGAAGAGUUACAAAUAAUAAAAAAUGACUUAAAGAAAAAAGGAGUUGAAAAGCCAUCCACUUCAGGGUACUCCUUACACCCAAGAAAAGGGAAUAAGCCAUCUGGGAAAAUGUGUCCAGUUAUUGUUCGGGGACAGAAUUUAGAGUACAAGCCUCUACAAAAUACAGACAUGUCAGACAUUCUUGAAAAGUUGCCUACUCUUCAGGAAGGAGCUCACCCUUGGAUUUCCAAGUUAGACGAAAUUAUGGUGGGAUGGCAGCCUGCUAUGGGAGACAUCAAGAGACUCCUAGCCAGCAUUUUAGGGGUCCCAGCUAUGGAAGAGAUCUUGCAGAGAGCAGGGCUUAACCGGUAUGCAGGGACGGCGGUAAAUGACCCAGAACUGUUUGCUGCAUGUAGAGCUCGGAUGUGGAGAUCAUUGAAGGAUGUAUUUCCAACAAAUGUACAUCCAGAUAACAUUAUAAUUGAAUCACUAGGACCACAAGAGAAUCCAAGAGCCUAUGUAUCAAAAGCUCAUCAAAUUUGGAGAAAUAUUACAGGAAACGAUCCAGACAUGCACCAAAUGGAGCAGUCUAUUUUGAGAGCCAAAAUACAAAAAGGGUUGCCCCAGCCAGUGAGAAAUAAAUUAGAAGAGGUGGUUGGUCUUGGUAGCAUGACAAAAGGGAUAUACACAGACCAUAUAGCACAUCAAGUUGAGUUGUACAGGAAGAAACAGAACGAGCAGAGAGAGCAUGAUCAAGAGAUCCUGAGACAACUUAACCAGAUACAUUUGGGAAAUAGCAAAAAGAAAGACAAGAAACAAGCUGUGGUUAUGCAGAGCCAAUCUCAAUCAGAGGAGACAGAAAUGCAACUGCAACAGGAACAUAUGCAUGACCGACCACCCCAGCUGACGCCAGUAGCUCCUUUAGGUCCAUAUGCACAACCAGUCUUCAGUCAGUUGCAGACAUGGAGUGGAAGCGGUGAAAACAGAAACUUCAACCCAAACUUCCAGACAUUUUCCGAAGCAUGUUAUAGGUGUGGACAACUGGGACAUUAUGCACUUGAUUGUUAUUGAGUAAAAGAAAGCUCUGUCAGAGGAUGAGUGAAGGGAGAAAGUAAGAAAGUUUUUGGUAAGUAAGAGAUGGUUCUUGUCAAGGACAUUGAUUAUUUGUGGAAAAGAACAAUUCAGGAGGCCAGGGUUAACAAUGAUGCAAGGGGGGAAGUUACAAGAAACAUCAUAAGCAGAUGGAAACUUUCAGAGAAAAUAUUCUAAGAUAAUGGAGAAGAGUGUGUAAAUAAAACAGUGAAACUGAUUUGAAAAAACUAAGAACUGAACAAUGUUUGGGAGCUGUGUACCAUCCGCAAAGCCAAGGUAUCUGUGUAAAAUGAAUGGGGUGAUGAAAAACCCUCUGGGAAAGAUUGACCAGCACAUAGUUUUACAUUUUGAUGUCAUAAAGGGGGAGUAUUAAUUAGGGGGAAAUAUGAUAAACAUGUCAAACAAACAAAAAUGUAUGUUUUUGGCAAGAUACUGCUUAAUUUUUUCAUCCCCAGGACAGCAGUUGGGAAGACCAGAUGAAGAAAGGUGGCUCUCCAGAGAUCUAAAUAGCCUUAAUGGACCCACACCUCCCAACAAGACAAUCAAACAUGGACAAUGUAAACACAACUGAAACCUGACAGAGGAUGUGAACAAGGACAUUGCAUUGGAUACACAAACGGAGAACACCCAUAGACAAGAACACUACACAAGCAGCCAAGGAUGUUAAGGAACAAAAAUUAUUAUUCAUUUUUAAUCAUAGAGUUGUUAAUGUAUAAUCUGGGAUUGAAUGUCAAUUUAUCUCUCUGUGUUGUAUUUUAAUGUUCAUGCAAGUACCAAACAGCAUAGGAAGAAUGGAAAGUAUGAAAGGGGGGUUAGUGGUGCAUAGCUUAAGUUGUAAAAUUAAUGUAUUGGGAUCUCAGGUAUUUUCUUUGUUUUCUCGUUUUAGGAGCAGUGGUGUUAGGCAGGGAUAGGUCCACGGAAGGUCCGAUGGGAUGACCAGCUUGACUGUGGAUAAUUUAAAUUUUAUUUCUGAGAUUCCCAAUAAUAUUUGCGCCAAACAUUAUUUCCACAUAAAGUUUAACCCUUACCUUAUAAUUGGAUUGGAGUACUAUAGGUGGUCGCCUAGGGCAGAGGGACCGUGAGUGACUUUUUCCUGUCUAGAUUGUCUGAUGAAUACUAAUGGAACGAUAGCUGCCUGACAGGUUUUCGCUCUCACACUCCAAAUUUUAAUAGUAAUUAGAAAUUGUAACAUUUCGUUGCCUUUUUCGAGACUCUAUGGAGCCUCGAAGGGGGGAAAUAUGUAGUAUCUGGAGUACUACACCACUAUGCAUUGCCUUAAGGUAUUUCUCAGGAAUAGCCUGAGAAACCAGUUGUGAACUGUGGGCGUGUGUUUAUCUGUUUAUCAUUAGUGAUACCUGGGGUGAGAUAGCCUAGGAGGGGCACUUCACUGGUUACAGGCCCCAGGUCAUAAAACACCACUCUAGGUUUACCAAACACAAGAUGGUAAGGAAAGAUAAUUUGGGAAUGUAGGAGGGCUUACAUCCCUACAUCUAUAUAACAGGGUCACAAACUCUGGUUUGGGAGAGCUGGACAUCAUUGGCCGUCCUCUCCCAGCAACUGCAGUGCUGUAUUGAUACUGGUUUUGUCUUUAUAAUAAACUCCUCUUAUACAAGCAAGCCAGUGUCACGAAGCCUCCUUCUGCAUCUACACAUCGAGGACAGCCCAGACACAACA